UUGAUUUUUUUGAUGAUCACGGAAGUGUUUGGAUAAACGAAGAUAUGCGCCUUAUGUAGAAGUUCAAGGUUAACAUUGACCAAAGAGAAACAUUAGCACGUGUGGAAAUUGUCUUUGGCAAAUUUACAGAAUUGGUCGAUUAUUUGACCACUAAGACAAAUUGCAAAUAUGGAAGAUAAUUCAGAUAAAGGAAAAUUAAAGAAACUAAAAAAUUCAGGGAAGAAACAAAAGUUAAUGAAGGUGCAACAAAACAGAUUAGGUCAAGCAGCAGAAAAAUCAGAGAUAUAUAAAGUUGAACCUAAUGAAGCCUCAAAGAUAGGAAAAAAGAAAAAAAAGAAACAGCCAACAGUCCCUGACAAAGAUGAUGAAACAGUUGAAAAAGAAGAAGAUGAUGAGGAUGAUUUAGAGAGUCAGUCUGACAUUGAAGAUACAGGCCUUCCAUUAAAUACAGGGGAUGCUGAAGAAGACCAAUCAGAUGAAGAUAUGGAUGAAGAAGAGGACGAAGAUAAUGAGGAAGAUGGUGUUGAAAAAGAAGAAGAUGAGGAGGAGGAAUCUGAAAGUCCAAAGAAAAAACAGAAAACAAAUUCAACAGAGAAAACAGAAAAAUAUAUAACAAGCACAUGUUCUAAAAAUAUAUUGACAGAGUCCAUGUUUUCAUCAUUAGAGGUCUGUGAUUUGACACAGAAAGGAGUAGAGGAUAUGGGAUUUACAAACAUGACAGAAAUUCAGGCUAACUCAAUUCCUCAUCUGUUACAAGGGAGGGAUUUAAUGGGUGCUGCUAGAACGGGAAGUGGUAAAACAUUAGCCUUCUUAAUUCCUGCUGUAGAACUCAUGUACAAGUUGAAAUUUAUGCCAAGAAAUGGAACUGGUUGUAUAGUCAUCUCGCCUACUAGAGAACUCUCCAUGCAGACAUUUGGAGUACUGAAAGAGCUAUUAAAGUAUCAUUGUCACACAUUUGGAUUGAUUAUGGGUGGAACAAGUCGACAAGAUGAGGCAAAGAAGCUUGCCAAAGGAGUCAAUUUUCUGGUUGCAACACCAGGGAGACUACUAGAUCAUUUGCAGAAUACAGCAAAUUUCAUGUAUAAGAAUCUACAAUGUUUAAUCAUUGAUGAAGCAGACAGGAUUUUAGAUAUAGGUUUUGAGGAAGAAAUGAAACAGAUUAUCAAAUUAUUACCAAAGAGAAGACAGACCAUGUUAUUCUCUGCUACACAGACCAGAAAGAUAGAAGAUUUGGCUCGUAUAUCCUUGAAGAAGGAACCAUUAUAUGUAGGAGUAGAUGACAAGAGAGAGAAGGCUACUGUUGAAGGAUUAGAGCAGGGCUAUAUAGUGUGUCCGUCAGACAAAAGAUUUCUGUUACUAUUUACAUUCCUUAAAAAGAACAGAAAGAAGAAGGUGAUGGUUUUCUUCAGCUCCUGCAAAUCUGUUAAAUAUCACCAUGAACUGCUAAAUUAUAUAGAUCUGCCAGUCUCCUGUAUACAUGGCAAACAGAAACAGACCAAAAGAACUCAGUCUUUCUUCCAGUUUUGUAAUGCCAAGGAAUCCAUCUUGUUAUGUACAGACGUGGCUGCUAGAGGUCUAGAUAUUCCACAAGUUGAUUGGAUAGUUCAGUAUGACCCUCCAGAUGACCCCAAGGAGUAUAUCCACAGAGUAGGUAGAACAGCUCGAGGAGAAGGUGGUAUUGGACAUGCUUUGUUAUGUCUCCGACCAGAGGAGUUAGGAUUUCUAAGGUACCUCAAGCAGGCCAGAGUACCACUAAAUGAAUUUGAAUUUUCAUGGAGUAAAAUAUCAAAUAUUCAACCGCAGUUAGAGAAGCUAAUUGAAAAGAACUACUUCUUGCACAAGUCAGCACAAGAGGCUUACAAAUCCUACAUUAGAGCUUAUGCCUCUCACAGUCUGAAGAACAUCUAUGAAGUAAACAGCUUAGACCUGAAUAAAGUGGCUCUGUCUUUUGGUUUCCAAGUUCCUCCAUUUGUUGAUCUGAAUGUACAUGGUAGCAGGAGUGAAAAGAUGGGCCGACGAGGAGGGGGUGGAGGACCAGGAGGGUUUAACAGGAACAAACAGCACAAUAAAAGUAAAAUUUACAAACAAGUGGGCAAUAAAAAGUUCACCAGAUGAUCAGACAAUAUCAGACAUUGAGAUGGGAGUUUUGCAAUAUAAGAUGGAAAUUACCAGCUUUAUGCUAUCAAAUGAUAAGCUCAAGACUUAUUGAUUUUCUCAGAAGAAACCCUGGAAUUGAAUAAGUUAGCAACUGGAAGAGAAGACAGCUAAUAAACUGAUUUAACAAUCAAAACAUUUCUUUCACAGUUUUUAAUUAUAAAAACAAGUUUUAUGGUGUAAUGAUUGUAAAGUUGAAAAAAAUACAUAUAAGUCAAAUAACAAACUAUGCUAAAUGUUUCAGGUUUACUGAGUUAUAGUAGAAAGAAAUUACAUAUAUUAGAAAUCAAUGUUAGAAAAAAAUAACUUCCAAUACAGCACAAGUUAUGAAAGUAUGUUAGAUUGAUCCUCACAUUAAGAUGUGAAAUGUUUUUAUCUACAAUAUAAGUUGAAUAUAACAAUCUUAAGCAAACAUAGAUACGGCAAGAAAAUCGAAUAUUAAAGAUAUUUUUUUGAAAUUUGGGUAUGAAUAUUAGGGCAAAAAUGUCCACAACCAAAUGUUAGUUUAGAACUCUGAUAUUAUGUAAUCUAUAAGAGAUAUGCCUAGGAUAAUAUAUGCACUUGGGCAGACAGUGAUUUCCAUUUUGAUAAAUUUUUGAUAAAUUUUGCAUACUUCUAUAGAUUUGAUAGUGUGUAAGCAGUAAAUGUAUGUAAAUUUUACUCUUCUACAAUCUCCACUCAUCCAAAUACAUUUUACGGUACCAUUUAAUAUAUUAACUAACAUGUCAAAGUUCAAAUUGUGUUUGUCCAAGUUAGAAAACCCUUACCCUUUAAUGAAAAUAAUUUAUUGGGGAAAGUCUGUCCAUGUUAGAGAGGAGGAACCAUGAUAUUUUUAUGAUAAUGUACACUGACAUAUUUUAAUACCUUGUUAACUUUUUAUUAAAAGAUAUGUUGUUAUUAUGUAUUAAUUGAAAUGUGUAAAAUGAAUUUAGCAUAUAAAAACAUUGUCAUUAAAUGUAAAUUUUAGAAUA